AUGCUGUUCAAAAGCCUCGCUGCGUCCGCAGCAUUGCUGCUCUCCUCCACACAGCUCGUCUCCGCUUCUCUGGGCUCGAGUUUCCAUACAGAACGGACCACCGUGCCCAAAUACAAGAACGCGAAGUCCAAGAGACAAUUCUUCCCAAAGCCCGCAGAGAACCUUCAUGAGAUUACAGGACCCACUGGUGUCAAGAUCCGCUACAAGAAGCCGGGCGAUGCUGGUGUCUGCGAGACCACCGAUGGCGUCGACAGCUACUCAGGUUAUAUCGACCUCGCCCCGAACGUGCACUCAUACUUCUGGUUUUUCGAGUCGCGUUCAAACCCCUCAAAGGACCCAAUGACUUUGUGGCUCAAUGGCGGCCCUGGAUCAGACAGCUUGAUCGGAUUGUUCGAAGAAUUGGGGCCGUGCAGGAUCAACGAAGAUUUGAGCAGUGUGCUCAACCCAUACUCGUGGAACGAAGUCAGCAACAUGCUGUUCCUUUCUCAGCCCGUGGGCGUGGGCUUCUCCUACCAGCACAUUGCCAACGGUUCUCUUGGAGGAUAUUCAGGAACUUUCUUGAACACCACUCAAGCUAAUGCAACGGGCACAUGGCCGAUUCUCGAUCCCAUUAACCACGGUGAUAUCAGUACUACUGAUCUGGCAGCUAUGGCGGCAUGGCACGUUCUUCAAGCGUUCAUGUCCGGGUUGCCAUCUCUUGAUCCGGAGGUCAGCUCAGUGCGUGACUUCAAUCUCUGGACUGAGAGUUAUGGCGGCCACUACGGGCCAGGCUUCUUCAACUAUUUUCAGGAGCAGAACACCAAGAUUGAUGCAGGCGAGAACAAGGGCGUUAAGCUGAACUUCGCAACCCUGGGCAUCGGCAACGGCAUCAUCGACGAAGCCAUCCAGGCAGAGUACUAUCCAGAAUUUGCUGUGAAUAACAGCUAUGGCAUAAAGGCCUACAACGACACCGUCUACAACUAUGCGAGGUUCGCCAACUUCAUGCCGAACGGCUGUCUCGAUCAGAUCCAGGCUUGCAAGGCUUCAGCAGCGGGCGUUGACGGCGGCUACAUCAAGGAAGCCCAUGGUCACGAAAUCACGUACAAAGCAACCAGCAACCCGAGCAUCGCUACCGUCUGCUCAGAGGCAUCAGACAUGUGUCGUGACAAUGUUGAAGGAGUAUAUUACAGCUUUGGCGAUAGGGGGACGUACGACAUCCGUCACCCUGCCAAUGACCCCACGCCGCCUGAAUACUACAUCGACUAUGUGAACCAGGCCUACGUCCAGGACGCUCUCGGGGUCUCCGUUAACUAUACGUCUGCUAACAACGACGUGUACUUUGCUUUCCAAGCAGAGGGCGAUCAGAUCUACCCCAAUUUCCUGGCGGAUCUGGAGCACAUUUUGAAUUCGGGCGUGAGGGUGUCUUUGUUUUACGGUGAUGCGGACUACAUCUGCAACUGGUUCGGUGGCCAAGCCAUCAGUCUCGCCCUCAAGUACAAGCACUCGAAGGAGUUCGCGGCCGCCGGCUACGCACCCAUGAUGUACAGCGGCAAGGAAUACGGCGAAGUGCGUGAAUACGGCAACUUCUCCUUCACGAGGAUCUACGAGGCUGGCCACGAGGUGCCAUACUACCAACCCCAAGCCGCCCUCGCCCUAUUUAACCGCACGAUCAACUUCAUGAACAUCGCCGACGGAAUGGAGAAGAUCACCGGGACGUUCGCGACUAACGGCUCGGCGAGUGCGACUCACACUGCAAGUGCGGCACCGCUGCCGUCUUCUUCGGAGUAUGCAGCGUACAGCAGGAGCUUGAUCAAGAGCUAUAGCAUUCUUGACAACCAGCCGAUGGCUUCCGCGUCUGCAUCUGCGAGCGGCUAUAGUGCUUGA